AAUUUGGUAGAAAAUGGGUAUUUUGAUCGAUAGUAGCAAAAAAGUGGUUUUUUUUCCUACAAAACAAUCACAUGAACUUCUUUCUUCACUUUUUCACCUGUUUCUUUCUUUCUAUUCACUGCAGUUGACAUUUCGUACGUUGUACUUCACGUGUCGCCUUCACAGAUACUUCUUGCCGUUUUUUAGGUACAUUGUACCAAAAUCGGACAAAACCAUCACGUUUUGCAAAGAUUGUAUGGUCCUUUCCAAGACCUACACCGGUUCCAAUAUGGUACUUGGUACCUCGUUGACGAAUGAUGAUAUUUCCAGCCAAAACGCUUUGACCUCCAAACUUCUUCACGCCCAGACGCUUUGAUUCAGAGUCACGACCGUUUUUAGUAGAUCCACCAGCUUUUUUAGUAGCCCAACGACAAGUAAUCGAGUAGAUACUGCCAAGUGUACCAGUCCCACGACAU